AUUUCUAGUUAUAGUAAUUGUUUUCUUUAAAAAACUAAGUUUUACAUAAUUGUCACCAUUUUAUUUUUACUUUUUAUUUGAUAUUAUAGUAAAAUUUAUCAAUCAACAAAAAUAAUCUAACCAUGCUUACUUCGGGUUAUAUUGUUAUGACACUGUUGGUUGUGUAUACAGUUGUCGAUAGUGGCCAGUCAUCUCUUGUACAGUCGAUAGCAAAUGUUGGCAACAUUACUAUUGGCAAACAUAUUGGAUCAGCCAUUAAAUACGAUACAGAGAUUAAAGUAGAGAUAAAAUGUAUUGAAGGUCAACCCGGUUAUGAUUGUUGUUUGAAAAUCAAAGACAACGCCGUUAAGUGUAUUGAGGGUAAACUACGAGUGCCCACUGAGGAGGAAAUUAAGGACAUGACAGCCGAUGAUCUUACUAAAUAUAGUUGUUGUAUGGCUACUAUUAUGACUGACUGUAUUGUAGACAAUGCCAAGGAUUCAUGUUCGGCAGAUGAUUACAAGCUAUACAAACAAGAAAUUGACCAGGGUAUAGAAGUAGCAAAUAAAGGAGACUGUGCCAAUCAUAAAAUUGUACCUGGCCAAAUUGGUUAUUGCUCGGGCACAGUUACCUUAUUGGCCAACAUUGCACUUAUUAUGAUAUCGUUUGUAUCGGUUAAACUAUAUUUGAAUUAAUAACAACAACAAAAUAUUACUAAAGAUUUUAAUUAAUUAUGAUGUUUUAACAAAUUUAAAUUGUUAUGUAUUUAUUAGUAUAUUUAUUAAUAAGCAAAAUAAAAUUUU